AUGGCUGUUGAGAACUGCACUAUAUUCACUGAAUUCAUAUUGGUGGGACUUUCCGACAGAAAGAAUGUCCAGCAAGGACUUUUUGUGCUCUUUCUCCUGGUUUAUGGCAUAACUGUGAUCGCCAACCUAGGGAUGAUCUUGCUGAUUAGGGUGGACCCCAGACUCCACACGCCGAUGUAUUAUUUCCUGAGCAACUUGUCUUUCUGCGAUGUCUGCUAUUCCUCAACCGUCUCUCCCAAGAUGCUAGCUGAUUUCUUAUCUGACCUCAAAAAGAUCCCGUAUAACCUGUGUCCCAUUCAGAUGUAUUUUUUUGGUGUCUUUGCAGAUGUGGAAUGUCUCAUGUUAGCUGUCAUGGCUUAUGACCGCUAUGUAGCCAUUUGCAACCCGCUUCUUUAUACAGUUGCCAUGUCCCAGAGAAUUUGUACUCAGCUAGUGGCUGUUGCUUACACUGUGGGGUUGGUGGACUCUGCCAUUCAUACAUGUUUAACAUUCCGGUUGUCAUUCUGCAAUUCCAAUACCAUCAAUCAUUUCUUCUGUGAUAUCCCACCCUUGCUAGCCCUCUCCUCCUCAGACACCUCCACCAAUGAGAUAGUAAUGUUCACCUUCAUUGGCGGUGUUGUGGGCUGCAGCAUCCUCACAGUCCUUCUCUCCUACAGCUGUGUCCUGAUUACCAUCUUCAGAAUGAACUCAGCCCAGGGGAGACACAAAGCCUUUUCUACGUGUGCCUCCCACCUAACCGCUGUGGCCAUAUUUCAUGGAACGCUCUUGUUUAUGUAUUUUCGACCCAGUUCAAGUUACUCCAUGGACCAGGACAAAAUGGCCUCUGUUUUCUACACGGUUGUCAUCCCAAUGCUAAACCCACUGAUUUACAGUUUAAGGAAUAAGGAUGUGAAAGGUGCCCUGAGAAAAGCAAUGGGUACUGAACAGCAUUCUGGGUAA